AUGUAUUUAUCGGAUGUUAUAAAUGGAUCAAAAGUGGUUAUUGCAUUAGAUAGAUUACCAAAUGAAAGGCUUAAAAGAAAUGUAGUAAGAUCUCGUAUGGACCUCAUCGUUUCGGUAGGAGGAACAUUGGGUCUAUUUCUUGGAGUCAGCUUGUUAAGUAUUGUUGAAAUAUUUUAUUAUUUUAUUGUUUGGACUAAAAAUAUACCACAUGAUAUCAAUGCUGCAAACAAAAAAAAUAUUCAUCGACCAAUUCAAAAUAGUGAACAUACCAUAAUUCAUUCUUUUUAUGCCUUAUUGCGGUUCUAA